AUGGAUCUACCAUGGAUGUUAAUUGGUGAUUUUAAUACUGUAUUAAGUGUUGAUGAAAAAAUGGGUGGCGGAUCUCUUUUAAGAGUAGCAAUGCAAGACUUUCAUGAAAUGAUGAGUUUCUGCAGUUUAGCCCAAGCUCCAAGUUCAGGUUUGCAGGAUACUUGGUGCAAUAACAGAGCAGGUGUUAAAAGAAUUAUAUGCACUUUGGAUAGAGCUCUAUGUAAUGUAAAAUGGUUUGAGAAAUAUCCUACAUGGAGUUAUAAGGUGGGGGUAAGAAGUAUUUUUGAUCACAGUCCAUUAAUGGGUUCUUGUGUAAUGACUCCCAAACCAAAAAAUGCUCCCUUCAGAGUCUUAAAGUUUUGGCUUGAACAUGAAGACUUCAAGAGAGUGAUCAAAGAAGUUUGGACUGAAGAGGUGCAAAAUCCUGUUUUUGUGUUUAUGAAAAAAAUGAAGACCAUGAAGAUAAGAAUAAAAGAAAGGAAUUGGAGCACUUUUGGUGAUAUUAGAAUCAAAUUGGUAGAAGCUGAAAAAGAAGUUUUGAAGGCAACUAUAAAUUCGGAUAAACACCCAAGUAAUAUUUCACUUUUGAACAAUUUGGAGGUAUCAAGAGGAAACCCGGAGAUAGUAACACAACAACAUCAUUCAACUUUACAGCAAAAAGCAAGGGUACAAUGGUUAAAGGAUGGUGCAACAAAUACCAGGUUUUUUCAUACUAUAAUAAAGCUAAGACAAACUGUAAAUGCUAUAACUGAACUUGAAGAUGAUGCUGGUACUAUAAUUAGUGAUCAGGCAAUGAUUGCUAACUCUUUGGAGAAUCAUUUUAAAGAUAAAUUUAAAUUCAAAUAUGUCAACUUUAUGGAAGGAAUUUUUGAUGCUAUACCAGAAGUGGUGAAUUCAGAUGACACAAUAUGUUAG